UAUUUCUUUAUAUAUUUAUUUUCAGUCUGCAUUUCGCUGAAAACAUCAUGCCGGUUGUAGACUUAACUGUGGAUCGCAAUCUGCUGUGCCCCAACUUUGAUGGCUAUAAGCUUUCGUUCGAUGCGAUGCCGGUGCUUCGUCAAGACUGCGUUCGUUUCCCAUUGCGACUGGAGCCGCACAUGAAUCAGUUUUCGUUGUUGCACGUGGAGGUGUUCGCCAUGCACAAUCUGCUCUUCUCUGAUCCGUGGGCGCGCAACGACAGCUACUAUGUGAAUUCAGCCCACGAUGUCGUCAGAUGUUCAUACGACUUUCAGCACGGACGUGCAACGCCACAGCACGUUGUCUAUAGCGUGGAGCGUCGCGAUCAUGGCGAUGGUGCAAGUCAGCGAAUUGGAGACUACAAUUACUCGCUGCGCUUCAUCUCGGAAAAGUAUUGCGUCUUAUGCGAUGGCAUGAACACACUGUAUCUGCUGGACACUGGAAAUCGCGAUCGUGCCGAUCAGUGGCAGCUGGUUUCGCGCACCACAAUUGACGAUGGCAGUAAUGAGCGCGGUUAUGUGCUGUACGAUGCCCGCCUCGAUGUGGUGCAGGAGCAAAAACAGAUAUCCACAGUUUGUGGUCAUGUGGCGCGACAAGAUCCCAGCAACAGAUCGCAGACAUACACAUAUAUUAUGCAGCUGGUCUGGGGCCGUUGGGCACAGACCACCGUGCCAACAGGAAAUCCGUUGAAUGCAGGUUGGGAAUACAGAAUAUGUGAGCAUUUGGAGACCCAGGGUUCAAUUUAUUACUGCGCUUUUGAGCCACGUGCUGAAUCUUUGAUUAUAUGCUCGAAUCGUGAACUGCUGACACGCGAAAAUCGACGUGCCAUGUUGGAAGCUGCAGCCGAAGCAGCCGCUGCGGCGGUGGCAGCAGCAGCAGAGGCAGCAGAAACUGCUGCAGCCGACGCGAACGACCAAAACGAAGUACAUAACCAAAAUGGGGAGCAGGCGGAGAGAACAGAUGCUUACACAUGGUCCCAGAGCGAUGAGGACGUCUUUAUAAACUUCCCAUUGCGUCCAGGUGCUGGACGCAAUGACUUCAACAUACGUUGUACAAACCAUCAAAUACGUGUCGAGUAUUUGUCAGAGACUCUGUUGGAUGGCACACUUUUUGCCGAAGUUGACAACGAACUGACUACGUGGACAGUGGAGACGGACUGCUUGAAGAUGACGAUGAUGAAAGAAGCGCAAAUGCAUUGGCCAAACCUGCUGGCCAAUAUCGAUGCCAUUCCCGAAUGGCGCCGCAAUGGAUACGGACAAAACGAGGAACCGACUGCCACAGAAAGCUUGCCCAUACCAAAUCUGGAAGAUCCCAUAGAGGAGUGCGACUUUCCAUUGGGCAUGUCUGAUGCAGAAGUAAAGAUGGUGCGCUUCAAUUUGCCUGCUCGCAGUAUAACCCACACCAUAUUCCUAGGGUCGACUCCGCCAUUAUUUUCCACAUCUCUGCGAGCCGGUUUCCCAGCGGCCUUCACAACACGCCAAGGCGUUGACGCAGCUGCCUGGCUGCAGGUCUACAAUCCCGCCAAGCCUAACGAAUGGGGUGUACGCCACGAGGGUACGUUACAUGCCUUUGGAUAUGUCCAGGCCUCCAAAGAACAGCGUAAAUUCGUCGAUUGCUGCCCUGAUUUAGAUUAUGCGGUGAUAUGUGAGACUAUUCGCAAUGUCUUUAUAUAUAAGCCUCGAUACGAUACAGCGGAUGGAUUACGGAAACGGAAUGGGCCUCAGGUGGUAAUUGGGAAACAGAGCCUUGUUACUUUGGAAGCAGGGGUGGGCGAAGUGCUGGGCAUGACCACAGCAGCCAAUGUUAUUACAGUGCUGACCGAACAUGCUGUUCUAUAUAUACAAGUGACGUCUUAAUACAUUAAAUAUAUUUGGUCUAAAUUAUUAGUUAGUUUGUACGGAAAAUA